AUGGCACAAAACGGGUCAUCACCAGCCGACAGCGCAGUAUCAGGAAUGGAGACUAUAGAAUACGAUGCGCUGAUCGUGGGUGCCGGUCUCAGUGGCAUAUUCUCAUUAUAUCGCAUGCGAGAGCUUGGUUACAAAGUCAAAGUGCUCGAGGCCGGGUCAGCAGAAGGUGGCACAUGGUUCUGGAACCGCUACCCUGGGGCACGCUUCGACUCGGAGAGCUAUUCGUACAUUUUCUCGUUCUCCCAGGAGGUCUUGGACGAGUGGGACUGGACAGAACACUUCGCCCCUCAAACCGAGACGUUAAAGUAUAUCAACUACCUGACAGACAAGUUUGAUCUACGUCGCGAUAUUCAAUUCAACACCUCCAUCAAGCAGGCGAAAUUCCAAGAAGACAGCAACUCAUGGCUGCUCACCGACGCGGCGGGAAAGACCUACUCGUGUCGAUGGCUCAUCACUUGCAUGGGCAUACUAAACGAGCCGACCCUGCCAAAUAUCGCGGGCGUUAAGGACUACAAGGGCCAGGCAUGGCACACGGCCAGAUGGCCCAGUGAUGCAUCGGCUCUGCGGGGCAAGCGGGUCGGUAUCAUUGGCACUGGCGCAACUGCGAUACAGACCGUCCAGGCCAUCGCCGGCGAGGUGGGAUCACUCAAGGUCUUCCAGCGGACACCAAACUGGACUGCACCCCUGAGGAAUUCAAAAAUCUCGAAAGAGGAAAUGAAGGCAAUUCGGAAAGAGUACCCCGAAAUAUUCCGCAAGUGCGCGGACUCAUACGCUUGCUUUAUCCACGUCGGCGACCCGAGCAAGGUCAACUCAAUGCCGCUAGAAGAACGGAUCAAGACGUGGGAAGUACUGUACGAGAAGCCAGGCUUUGCCAAAGUCCUGAGUGUCUCGGGAGACAUCUUCACCGACCGCGAGGCCAACAAGCUGUUCAGCGAUUUCAAUGCCGCCAAGAUAAGGGCGAGGGUCAACGACCCUGCAGUCGCAGAGAAGCUGAUACCGAAGAAUCAUGGCUUUGGCACACGGCGGGUGCCUUUGGAAAGCGGAUAUUAUGAGGUGUUCAACCAAGACAAUGUCCAUCUGGUCGAUCUCCAAGAGACCCCCAUAGAACGCAUCACGGAGAAGGGCGUCAAGACCACGGCGGAAGAGCAUGAGCUGGACGUGCUCAUAUACGCCACUGGGUUCGAUGCCGUGACCGGCUCGUUCAACGCAGUUGACAUACGGGGCCGGAACGACAGACGACUAAAGGAGGUGUGGGAGGACGGCAUACGCACAUUCCUUGGUCUCACCGUCAAAGACUUUCCCAAUAUGUUCAUGAUUAUGGGGCCGCAUCAAAUGUUUGGCAACAUUCCCAGGAGCAUCGAGUUUGCAGUCGAGUGGGUUUCCGGGCUGAUCAGGUGGGCACGAGACAACAACAUCUCCGUCAUCGAAGCGACUCAGAAGGGUAUGGAUGAUUGGACCCAACACGUUCACGAUUGCGGGCAAGGUCUGCUCGCCAAUGAGGUCGACUCCUGGAUGACUGGCGUCAACAAGAACCUGGCGCACAAGCAGAAGCGAUCGAUGACGCGGUACAACGGACCAGCUCCGGGUUAUCGCAAGCGGUGCAAUGAGGUGAAGGAGAGGGGUUACUCUGAUUUUGUCACCAAGUAG